ACCAUGGCGACAUCAUCGCAGCUGGCUACGUGGAUAACUUCGCCACCGUCUCACUCAGUCCAGAAGUUGCCGCCGCUUCGUGCCAGGCCAUUCGAGACGUGCUGGUUGCGAGGGGCUUACCUGUAGAAGAGUUCGCCCCCGCGGCGCAGCGCGUCACCUUCACUGGCCUCGACAUCCUGGGCGACGUCGGCGUCAUCAGGUGCAAGGUGGACCGGUUGUCUCGGUUGCGCCAGGCCCUACUUGGGCUACUCAGACGUGGCUUCGCAUCUCCGCUUGCGUUGUCCGCCGUAGUCGGGCACUGCACCUGGGGGAUGAUCGCCAACAGGCCCAUGCUCUCCAUCUUCCACGCAGUCUACCGCUUCAUGGGUCAGGACUCGCGUCGGGCUUUGCCGCUGUGGCCGUCAGUCGUCUCUGAGCUCCGUGCCGCUGCUUCCCUCAUCCCGUUGUGGUGGGCUGAUGUCAGGGCAGAGUGGGCGGCCACCACCUUUUGCAGCGACGCCUCUCCAUACGGCAUUGGCGUUUGUCGCAAGUUCGUGGAACAAGAGGUCGUUGCUGCCGCAGGUCGACUGUCCGAGAAAUGGCGCUACCGCUUCUCCGAUGCCGUGCACGCCCGCGCCCACGCUCUGGGAGUCGACCCGAACGUCGUGUUGGAAGCUGCCGUGAGCAAAAGAGGCCUCAAAGACUGCGAGCAGUGCCCGAGGCCUCCCGAGGCCCAAAGCAAGCCCUCGCCCACCGCAUCAUCAUCACCUCGAGGGCUCGACGAGAUUUCGCUGGACGGCUUCGACGAGGUUCCCGACUCGAUCACGGCUUCCGACGGCUGGAGCACCAAGCGGCUGCACCCCGAGUUUCGGCGCCAGCGAGCCACGACCGUGACGGAGCAGAGGACCAAGACGCAUCCAGGACCACAACGGCUCGGGCGGGGUGCGCUCUCGGUCCUCGAGUCAGCUGCCGUGUCGGACACAACCAUGGCCAACUACUGGGGCGCCGCCAAGAAGUUCGAGGAGUGGUGCCGCUGGACGUCCCAGACCUUCACCACGGCGGCGGAGGUCGAUGUCAUCCUAGUUACCUACUUCGUGAACCUCUUUCUGGACGGCUUCGACAGUGCUACGGGCCGAGUCCUGCUCGCCUCCUUGAAGCACUACCUGCCUUCGAUCCUGGUGGGCAGGACGCCGUGCCCGCGUGCAGCUCGCGCCUUGACAGGCUGGCGGAAGCUCGUGCCCCCGCAGAUGCGACUACCCCUUCCGCGGGCGGCGAUGGCCUCCAUCGUGGGCGUCCUCAUCUCGUGGAAGCUCUUCGGCAUGGCAGUGUUCGCCAGGCUGAUGUUCGACACCUACCUGAGGCCCAGCGAGGCCUAUCGGCUAACAGCGGGCAGCGUUAUUCGACCAAGACCCAAUGCCGCCCGCGGGUACGGACAUUGGGCCCUGAUCGUCAACGACGCCUGCCUCGAUCGUCCUGGGAAGACAGGGGAGAUGGACGAGAGCGUGAUCGUCGACAACCCGACGCUCUGGCCCCUUCUCGACGCGCUGGUGCUGGGCAAGAAGACGAGCGACGGCCUCUGGACCUUCGCCCCCGACGAGGUGCGGAGCAUGUUCCGUCGUGCUGCCGCUGCGCUCGGGUUGGAAGCCGAGAUGACGCUCUACUCCCUUCGGCAUGGGGGUGCGUCCGACGGCCUCCUGUCUCUCCGACGCACCAGGAAGGAGGUCAAGGACCGCGGCCGAUGGAGGACGGACCAGAGCCUCCUCCGCUAUGCCAAGAGGGCUCGUAUGCAGCAGCGGAUCGCCUCCCUAGGCCAGAACCUGAUCGACUUCGGGCACGCGGUCGACUCGCAGAUGAACGAUCUCAUUCUGCAGACCACCUCCUCAGGCGUCUUCCCGCUGCAAGUGCCGCUUGCCGUGACGCCGACACCGCCAGCGGUCAGGUACUCGCCCGCCCUAGUAAUUGGCGGCGACGGCGGCGCGGCUCGCGCUCUGCAGCGCCUCGGCUUUGGCGUGCUGCACUUGAAAGUGAGAC